UCUGCACAUCAGCAGCCAGCGGCACUUCGUGCUCCCAGGCUGCCGGGGCAUGCGCAGCGCAGCGGCUGCCGCCGUGGAGGUGGGGAGCCAGGACCACAUCGCUGCCUCCCGGCUCGGAGCUGCCAGUUGCUGGUUGCCAAGCAGUUAUCAUUGUUUCUGUGACGAUUGCAGAGGCUGUUGCUAAUUGAAGAAGCCCCCACAGCAUCCUUCUCUCUGCUCCUGCUCCUGCUUUUAUUUUGGGGGCUCAGGCAGGAAGGCAGCUAGACUAGUGGCUUCUUACAUUGCCUUUUUAUUUCUUUUUGUGGGGGUGGGCAAUUUCUCAGCUGAUGAUUUAGUGAUGGACUAGUUACUCAUCCUUAUCCCUUUAGUCUUUGUGUGUGUAUAUGUCUGAACACACACAGACAAGCUUACACACACACACACACUGUAAAAUCCUGUUUGCCACUGCAGUGGGCACAAAUAGGUGAGCAUGACUACAGCCAAGGAGCAAAAUGCAUCAGGGAAACAAGCCCAACAACAGGAACAGGAGCUGGUGGGAAGUAAUCCUCCACAAAGGAACUGGAAAGGAAUUGCAAUUGCCUUACUUGUUAUCCUCGUGAUCUGCUCCCUGAUUGUCACCUCUGUAAUACUCCUGACACCAGUUGAAGACAACAGCUUGUCUCAGAAGAAGAAGAUAACAGUGGAAGAUCUCUUCAGCAGUGACUUCAAAAUUCAUGACCCAGAGGCUAAGUGGAUAACUGAUAAAGAAUUCAUUUAUAGAAACCAGAAUGGCACAGUAAUUCUGAGGAAUGUUGAAACUAAUAAUUCAACCAUAUUAAUAGAAAACAAAAAAAUUGUCUCCUUAAAGGCUAUUCGAUAUGAAGUAUCACCUGACCGGGAGUAUGCCCUCUUUGCCUUCAAUGUGGAACCUGUGUACCAGCACUCCUAUACGGCGUACUACGUCCUCAGCAAAAUACCUCACGGGGAUCCCCAGAAUUUAUAUCCUCCUGAGGUCAGCAAUGCAAAGCUUCAGUAUGCUGGUUGGGGUCCAAAAGGGCAACAGCUGAUAUUCAUCUUUGAGAACAACAUCUACUACUGUGCACACGUGGGGAAGCAAGCCAUCCGAGUGGUCUCCACGGGAAAGGAAGGGGUGAUUUUCAACGGGCUCAGCGACUGGCUCUAUGAAGAGGAGAUCUUGAAGACUCACAUUGCUCAUUGGUGGUCUCCUGAUGGCACCAGGUUAGCAUAUGCAACGAUUAAUGCCUCCCGAGUGCCCACCAUGGAGAUCCCAGUAUACACCAGCAGCCUCUACCCUACUGUUAAGACCUAUCAUUAUCCAAAGGCUGGAAUGGAAAAUCCAACCAUUUCUUUGCAUGUGAUUGGUCUGAAUGGACCUACCCACGACCUGGAAAUGACUCCCCCAGAUGAUCAGAGAAUGAGGGACUACUACAUAACCAUGGUGAAAUGGGCAACCAGCACCAAGGUGGCAGUAAACUGGCUGAACAGGGCCCAGAAUGUGUCUAUCCUGACGCUCUGCGAUGCCACCACAGGAGUCUGCGUAAAGAAACAUGAAGAUGAAAGUGAAGCCUGGCUGCACAGACAGAAUGAAGAACCCAUUUUCUCUAAGGAUGGUCGGAAGUUUUUCUUUGUCAGGGCCAUACCUCAGGGAGGACGUGGGAAAUUCUACCACAUCACCAUGUCGUCGUCGCAGCCCAACAGUAGCAGUGACACCAUUCAAUCUAUUACAUCUGGUGACUGGGAUGUGACAAAGAUCCUGGCAUAUGAUGAAAAGAGGCAUAAAAUCUAUUUCCACAGCACAGAGGAUUUGCCGAGGCGACGACAUUUGUACAGUGCAAGCACAAAUGGGAACUUCAACAGGCGGUGUCUGUCUUGUGAUCUGAUUGAAAACUGCACUUAUUUCAGUGCAUCCUUCAGCCACAACCUGGAAUACUUCCUGCUGACAUGUGAAGGUCCCCGGGUCCCGAUGGUGACUGUUCACAACACAAUCAAUGCACAAAAAAUGUUUGAGCUGGAGGUAAAUGAAAAUGUGCAGCUGGCUGUAAAUGACAGGCAAAUGCCUAAGGUGGAAUACAUGGAAAUCAAGAUAGAUGAUUACAAAUUGCCAAUGCAGAUCUUAAAGCCGGCAACGUUCUCGGACGCCUCGCACUACCCCUUGCUUUUGGUUGUAGAUGGGACACCUGGCAGCCAGAUCGUCACAGAGAGGUUUGAGGUGACGUGGGAGAGUGUCAUGGUCAGCUCCCACAACGCCAUCGUGCUCAAGUUCGACGGCCGCGGGAGCGGCUUCCAAGGCACCAAGCUCCUGCACGAGGUUAAGAGGAGGCUGGGCCUUUUGGAAGAGAAGGACCAGCUGGAAGCUGUCAGGACCAUGCUGAAGGAGCACUACGUCGACAAGCUGCGAGUUGGCGUCUUUGGGAAGGAUUACGGUGGCUACCUGAGCACUUAUAUGCUGCCAGCUGGUGAAGAGAACCAAGUGUUUGCCUGUGGAGCUGCUCUGUCCCCACUGACAGACUUCAAACUAUAUGCUUCAGCCUUUUCUGAGCGAUACUUGGGCUUGCACGGGAUUGAUAACAGAGCCUACGAGAUCACCAAAUUAGCACACAGAGUCUCAUUACUGAAGGAGCAGACAUUUUUGAUCAUUCAUGCUACUGCUGAUGAAAAAAUCCAUUUUCAGCAUACUGCAGACCUUAUCACACACCUAAUUAGGGCAAAGGCUAAUUACAGCUUGCAGAUUUACCCUGAUGAAAGCCAUUACUUCACCAAUGCAGUACUGGAGCAGCAUUUGUACAACUCCAUUGUCAACUUCUUUGCAUCGUGUUUCCAAGUUCAGGACAAACUCCCAGUAGCUCCACUGAAAGAGGAGGAGGACGACGAUUAACUCUACUUGCCCUUGCUAAGCACAAGGCAGAUCUCUCUAACAAUAUGCAACUGGAUCAUUUUCCUGAAGAAAGAGAUGUGACACUGUUAGCAUGUAUUGAAAGGAAACUGAAAGCAGCUCAUCUGCUUUACUUGACAGCAACUCCUUCCUAAAUGGAAGAGCAUUAAGCAUGGUGAACUCAGCAGAAACUGCUGUCUGAAAUUAAUCCAUCACAACCAACAUCUUCUUUUUCUUCCUUGGUUUGGGUUUGGUUUCUUUUGUGUUUGUGUGUCUCUCUUUUUUCCCUUUUUUUUUUUUUUCCUUUUGUGUUUUAUUUGCCACAGAGUGAAUUCUAGCUUGAAAGUGGUAAGAACUGAAUGGAGUGAGAUGGGACACCCCAAGAAACCACUUCGAGGACUGGAAGAUUUAACUGUCUCUUUGCAUUCAAGCAAUCAAGCAGUUGCAGUGAAAUCCACCAUCCACAUUGAGGUUUACUGUAGUCAGCAUCACACUGUGCCAGAUAAAAGUUCUAACCUAAUACACAGAAAAAAAGAGGUUUCACCUCAACACAAAGGAGAGCUUCUUGACUGUGAGGAUCACAGAGCACUGGAACAGGCUUCCCAGAGAGGUUGUGGGGUCUCCUUCUCUGGAGCCUUUCAAGGCUUGCCUGGAUGUGUUCCUCUGUGAUCUGUGUUAGAUAGGAUUGUCCUGCUCUGGCAGGGGGGGGGUUGGACUCAAUGAUCUACUUGGGUCCCUUCCAACCCCUAGCAUCCUGUGAGCUGUGAUCCUGUGAAAAGAUUAUAGCACAAUUAAUUUGAAGAUUACUGAUUCACAGAUACUUGCCUGCUCCUUCCCAUGUUCAGAAGGUUUGCCACUGCUACAGGACAGAUUCAACUGUACUUAGAUAUCACAAUGCUUGUAUUGAUCUUUACCUUCCUGUAAUUAGUUCCUAAUCUUGUAUAGCUUUUAUUUCUGUUGUCAUUUGGUCUCAUGUUUACUUUAUUAACUUCUCAGCUUGUUCUGGACGGGGAAAUAACAGUGAAUUAGCCAACUCACUGACUUAGGGAAAAUAUGACCUCCCAACAUGCAAAGGUUAUUAGGUAGGCAUGUUUAAUCAGCGCUGUGUGGCAAGGGGAGGUCAUCCCAGUUGCAGAGGGACAGGGAUCUGCUGGAGUGGGUCCAGCGGAGGGCUACAAGGAUGAUGAGGGGACUGGAGGGCAUGGCUGAUGAGGAGAGGCUGAGGGACCUGGGGCUGCUAGUCUGGAGAAGAGAAGACUUAGAGGGGAUUUGAUAAAUGUUUGUAAGUAUCUGAGGGCUGCCAGGAGGGAGGGGACAGGCUCUGCUCACUGCUCCCUGGGAUAGGACAAGGAGCAAUGGGUGUAAGCUGCAGCAAAACAGGUUCUAUCUGAACACAAGGGGGAACUUCUUUAUUGUAAGGGUCACAGAGCACUGGCACAGGCUGCCCAGAGAGGUUGUGGAGUCUCCUUCUCUGGAGCCUUUCAAGGCCUGUCUGGAUGUGUUCCUCUGUGAUCUGUGUUAGAUAGGAUUGUCCUGCUCUGGCAGGGGGGUUGGACUAGAUGAUCUCCUUGGGUCCUUUCCAACCCCUAAAAUCCUGUGGGCCUGUGAUCCUCCAAAGCCCUUGCACACCUUCACCUUGUUCAGGCAAAAUAUUUAUGCUACCAAAUCACACCUAUUCAGUACAGGGGUAGGGUUAGUACAAUUAGUUCUGGGAAUAGGUGGAGCUAUUACAAUCAGCUCCUGGAACUCAUUUCCAUACUGUCCCACCUCUUCAGGCAUGCUCAUUGCCAUCUGGUGGUCACCUUUUGGGGUCUUUGGGAGGAAGGCUGACAUCUCCCUCACUCUGACAUCUCUACCUUUCAUCCACCUGGCAUCAGUUGUGGGUCACAUUCUUGGCUGGAGUCUCCAAUGUUCUCAUCUUUGAAUACAGCAUUCUUCCUCUCCAUGAGAGUGUUUGAAGACCCUCUCAAGCUGAACCCACCUCCUUCAUGUGUAUCAGGUUGGUGAUGCUUUAUAUCAGUGCUCACAUAAUGAUUUUACUAGGUUUCUACACUCAGUGUUCUUUAUCCCAUUUCCCACAUCAUCACUUUAGACCUUAGGGGUCUAAAAGAGGAAGCGAGGUCAAAGUACUCCGACAUAAAAGUUACAACAAAGCAAAGGAAAUCUCCCCUUAGUGUUAAUCUCACCUUAAUAUUCCCAAUGUAUCCUUUGCUUGACUUAUGGAGUAUUUUCUUUGGCAGCCUUGGGAAGUAUGCAGAGAAAUAAAGCUACACACAGCACUGGUUUUGUGCCAAUAGAGAAAAUACAUGGUGGUCACAGUUGUACUUUUUCUUCCUUUAGUAUUGGAACAACUGGUUGGCAAUCUGUUGGGGAGAGUCUAGAUCACAGCAUGUUAGGGGUUGGAAGGGACCCAAGGAGAUCAAUGGCAAGGUUAUGGCAGCAGGAAUUUGUACCAGGUAAUUCAGAGAUCAUCUCCUGAAGCCACUUAAACAGAACCAAGGUGCAGAGAUUUACUGCAGCUUCAUUUCAUUUCCAGGUCAACGAUUAGCACACUUUAAACACAUUUACUUACAUCUUCUGCUCACACUAGGGUUUUUUCCAAGCAUAAAAGAAAACAAGAAAGGGGAAUAGUUAUUUUUUCCCUUAAUAUCUAACACUUGAUCAUAGUGGUGCAAAGCAACUUUUAAACCUUCUUGUGCAAGCCUCCAGCUCUCAGAGAGAACCUUCAUUCAGUUCGGCUCGCCAACCGCGCCGCAGGAAUCUGGACUAGUGUCCCUCCUUGUAAAAUACUCUGACCAAAUGUACAGCCAGUAUCAAUACUGUAUAUUUCAUUUUUUUUUUUUUUGUUGUAUAUAAAGGAAUGUAAGUCAGUUCUUUGUCAGGUCCCCCAUCCAAUAUUAGUCUUGUGUUCAGCAUGCAUGCGAUACCACUCCUUUGCUGAUCAGGACUCUUUAGACGUACUAGCUUGGAACUAUAACAAUCAAUGUAAUUCCUUUCCUUGUUUUGACAGCUCCAAUAUCAAUGCCAAGUUUCUACUUUUUUUUUUUGCAUAGUACUGUGGCUAAACUCACAUCCUGGCAGCAAUGAUGAUGUCUCCAUUGUGUUCUUUAGUGUGUCUUUUUUUUUUUCCCUGGGUAUCUUUGUUUUAAGCUUUGAAUGUUGGUUGUACUUUGACCAUCAUGGGGAAAAACAAAAACCAGAUAGAUAUAUAUAUAUUGAUAAACUACAGAACUUACCUAGUUUGGUUUUAGUUACCUUCUUUCAUUUACAGUGCAUCAACAUUGUGUGAACAAGAACUAUGGUAUAAAUCUGCUUUAUCUGGCAAAAAAAGAAUGCCAAAUAGACAAUAAGAAUGCUGCGUGUCCAGAUUUUGCUACACCAAACAGGUUCAAGAGCCUGAAAUGAACUUGACCCAAGAAAAAAUGUAAAAAUCUGCUCUGUCCACAAUCUUUUUGUAGAGAGAACUUUAGGAUGUGGCAUGGUAGUGUUUGUUCAUUCAUGGAAUAAAACAUUAUUUUACCA